AUGGUUUGGGAGGGACUCCCGCCUAAACGUUGUGGGACAGCAGCUGACAAGGCCACUAGGGUGUCUGGAGCCCUCUUACAGUUAAUGCCAAACGCUGGGGGCCCGUGGAAAGCCAAAAGACGGCUUCUUGCGUCGGUCUCUAACUGGAUCCUGCUGUACAGUGCAGAGGUGUGGGUGGACGUGAUAGCGAGAAGAUACAUCUGGGAGCGCCUCAUUUCGAUUCAGCGCAUCGGAUUGCUGAGGAUCGUGGGCGCCUAUCACACAGUAUCUUCCACUGCCAUUAUGGUAAUAGCACGAACGAUUUCCAUUGUGUUGCUUGCGUUGGAGCAGCGAUGGAAGUUCCUGGGCUCUGGCGACGAAAGUAACAGUAACAGGUGGGAGAAAACGUUGACGACGUGGAAACAGGAGUGGGAUUAG